AACCUCCUAAUUCACUAGACCUUAAUGGCUCUCAUCCCAGAAGGAUAAAGCUCACUGCUCCAAAUAUCAAUCUCUCUUUGGACCAGAGUGAAGGUUCUGUCCUUUCUGAUGAUAACCUGGACACUCCAGAUGAAAUUGAUAUCAAUGUAGAUGAUCUUGACACGCCAGAUGAAGCAGAUUCUUUAGAAUAUGCUGGACACGAAGAGCAACCAGCCAUUAAAGAAAUUUCUCAAGAGGAAUCUGAAUCCAUCCCAGAAUAUACUGCUGAAGAAGAACGGGAAGACAACAGGUUAUGGAGAACCGUUGUUAUUGGAGACCAGGAGCAGAGGAUUGAUAUGAAAGCAAUUGAACCUUUUAAAAAAGUUAUUUCUCAUGGAGGAUACUAUGGUGAUGGCUUGAAUGCUAUCAUUGUGUUUGCUGCAUGUUUUCUACCGGAUAGCAGUCAAAUGGAUUAUACGUAUGUCAUGGAAAAUCUUUUUCUAUAUGUAAUAAGUACUUUGGAGCUUAUGGUUGCUGAAGACUAUAUGAUUGUUUACUUAAAUGGAGCAACCCCAAGGAGAAAGAUGCCAGGACUGGGAUGGAUGAAAAGAUGCUACCAGAUGAUUGACCGGCGAUUAAGGAAGAAUUUGAAAUCAUUCAUCAUAGUUCACCCCUCUUGGUUUAUAAGGACAAUUCUAGCUGUGACACGGCCUUUUAUAAGUUCAAAAUUCAGUAGUAAGAUACAAUAUGUCAACACUUUGGCAGAUCUUAAUGAACUAAUUCCAAUGGAAUAUGUAAAUGUCCCAGAAAGUAUUGUCAAGUAUGAUGAAGAGAGAUCCAUUCAGAGAAGAGUAAGACUGGAUGAAGAGCUGAGGGAGGCAUCAGCAAAAGCAAGCUGUCUUUCAAAUGAGCCAGAAAUAACUUCAGUCCAACAGGACAUCAACAUGACAAUGAAAAAUUCCUAACUUCCUUGGCAAAUUGAAGAAGAAAAUUUUCAUCUGUUUGAUGUGCCUGAGUCUUGAAGAUGGGGACAGUUUUGGCAUCUCGUCUGAGCACAAUCCUCCAGGAUCUUCUUGUGCACAAAUCUCCAUUUAUUUCCCUAAAGCCUGUCUGUGCAAGAAAGGCUCCUGGUAGAUUUAACCUUCGUUCUCUGAUCACUUGGUGUUAUUCAGAGCAUUCUGAGAUUAAAAAGGAGAUGGCUGCUGCUGCCAGAAUAGCAGCAGGAUGCAGAUAAUAAUUUUAUAUAUUAUUACAUCAGGAGUGUAUCUACAAUAAGGAAAAUUAUGCAUUUUUGAAUUUCAAAUUAUUUUGCCAUAAAUGUGCCUCACCUGUGAUUUUAUAGUGUAGUUUAGCUAUUCUCUAUUAUCUUCUCCAUAGUUAUGUAUUUAUGGCUAAAGAAGUUAGCUUCCAUGCAACAACGCUGAGGUUUCUCUUUUUUCGAUAUAUAUGACCUGAUUAUACCUAACUAUCACAUUUGGGCUUCAAAAACAAUCAUGAGAUGGCUGCAAAGAAAGAGAACUAACUUGGUGCUGCCAUCUAGUGGACAUUUGUGUGUGUGCCACCAAAAUAUGGUAGUCCUACCUAGGCUGAGAUCUGAGGGCAUUUUAAAGGACAUCUGAUUUGCAUACAGAAUCCUUGUAAGAAAAGAUACAGGGUCCCUCUUCACACAGCAUUGGUUCUGGACCUGCCAUUUCUGUAUCAUCUCCUUUCAAGAUCUGAGUCAAUAUUUUCCUAGCUCUGUGCAGUUUUCCUAAAACCAGGGCAAAGCUGAACCCAUGUUUUGCAUUGCUUGGGUCUGUUUUUCUACUGGCUUUGGUCUUGUUUCAUCCUGCUUCCAAAAGCAGGUAAGCCCUUGGUCAGCAUGUGCUUUCAUGUAAUUAACAUAGGAAAGGAAUAAAGGAAACCUGUAGGUGAACCAGGCAGUUCUUAAUCUUUCUAGUCAGAUUCAUACUUGCUGUAAAACAACAUUAAUAGAAAGCCCUAUUGGGCUUGAUGGUCCCUGUUGAGAAAAUUGAACUCAUUGAACUUUUGCAUCAUCCUGCUCCUAGUGUCACUCCUCCCCCCCCCCAUAGUCUAUAGAGUCUAGCCUACAAUGGUUGUUAGAACUAUUGUGAAAAGUAUCCGGUUGCAAAUGUCACCAUGCUAUCCUUCAGAGAUGAGCACUAUAAGAUACUUUUGAAUAGAAACAAAAGCUAUGGUGACUUCUACCUGUAACAACAAUUUUGGGGGGAACAAAUGGCCAGACGUGCAAAAAAAA